AUGGCAACCCCAACAUUAUCUGCCAUGAUAGAUCCGACAAAGCAGGCAGAAUAUCCAAUUGUGCUGGGUGAGAGGCUUUCUCAGAACCCAGACAUAAGCCGGCUAGUCAAUAUCAACUACAACUAUAAAUCCAAGUCCGCCACAUCCCAACAACGGUCGACCAUCACCCACUCCCAAAUCUCCGACCUUUACGAACUGUCCGUCACCGAUAAGGCCCCGAACGCCGAUCACACCUUGGCCUACUCCUACAAAGGUAGCGAAGAUCCCUCGAGCGAACAAAGCCUGAUUUUGAUAUUCGACCCGGAGCGAAAAGUCUUUGUCCUCGAGCCGGUCUCGACAACCUUGAACUUCAAUCUACGGUCGGCGCCAGGGAAGACCGAAAAACAAGUUCGCGAACAAUACGAACAACUCCAGAUAAAGGAUGGAGAUGAACCUGUAACUUCAGGGGAAGACCGCCACAUAGGAAGCACCAGCGAGGAUGAAGGACCGGCCGAUGACAGCAAUCCAUAUGACUUCCGACAUUUCCUCCCCAAGAAUCGCAAGGAAGACGACAAGCCUAUCUCCAGCCAUACCACCCCAGAGCCGACCCCAAGCAGAGUCGACACAUCAUUGAUGACUGCUUCUCGGCCCGCUCCUAACCCAGCGCCUCGACCCAAAGCACAAACAAACCCGCUGCGACAAAAGAAGCCGACAAAACCACAACCCAAAGCUCAACCGAAGCCUGAGCCUCUCAGUCAACCUGAGCCGCUCGAGCAUGAGGAACCCCGUUCAUCACCAUCUGAUGCAGGCACGGGAUCCCAACAAACUGGAGCCCAGUCACCGGGAUCCAACAUCAUUGUUGACGGGGAUCUAAUUAUUGACAUGGGAUCUCCGCCUCCAUCGCGCUCGUUCGUAGUCAACCCUGCCUACUUCUCGUCCAAUAACACACCCGCAGACGGCGACGGGGAUGAAGAUAUUGGGGAGUUCAGUCUGCCCUCUCCAGCUGGCAAUACUGGCCCAACCACCUCAUCAACUCAUACAAAUACAGCUACUCAAGAGGAUGAGGUUGAAGAUGAUGAUGCUCUCGCAGCAGAGAUGGAGGCCGCGUUUGAACAAAGUGCCCGGGAAGAAGAGGCUCGCCACCAAUAUAAUCAGCCAACAGCAGCCAGGCAAUACAUUCCCAGUGAUGAUGAGAGUGAGGUCAGUGAAGAGGAGUAA